AUGAACGAGUUAAGACAAAGGUCGACAACAGCAGAGGACCUCGAGGAGUUGGUUGAAAAGGACAGUUUCACCGCAGUUCAAAUCUUACUCCGCAAAGUUAUCGAAAAGAAAUACAACAACCUCCAUUUUAGACGGAGAGCUGGGUUGUACCUGGGUCUGUUCAUCCUGCUCUCUGUUUACCUCGUUUACUCUCUACUCCUUGCUUUGCAGUGUCAGGACACUGGAACAACACCAGCUUUUGCUGAGACGUUUGGGCAUCAACCUGUGUACUUUUUAGAGUCAGGGAAACGGGGGUUAGCGGCGGUGGAGAAGUCCGGGGAACGAGAUUUGUACUUGAAAAAAUACAGAGUGGACAAAAUGAGGAGUGAUUCCCUUCCCUUGAACAGACAGCUAGCGGACUAUAGACCAGAGGUCUGUAAGGUUAAACCUUACAAAAAAACGACACUGACAAUCUCGAUAGUUAUAGUUUUAGAUAUUGCUCCCCCGAGUGUAGUCCUGAGAGGUAUUUUCAGUGCAAUCAGAAGGACAAAACCUGAAAAUCUGGCGAACAUUGUGGUGUACGCCCAAAAAGGUUCCACUGAUAUGACUGAUUACGUGUACGCUCACCAGCUGUCUCAUUUGGUCCGAAUAAUAACUUCCCCAACAAAGAAAACACUUUCAGCCGCGAGGAACGAGGCAGCCACGUUUGCUAUCGGAGACAUUUUGGUUUUUAUUCCAGAAGCAUCUGAGAUUCUACCAGGCUGGGCGGAGCCGUUACUGGAAGCAUUUUCAGAUAACCCCGCUCUUUUGGCGGGCCUAUCAAUGGAUGAGAUCAAUGGAGAGACUUUCGUUCAGGUAGAGCACGUUCCGUGGCAUUUGAUAUCAAUACCGCGGUGGGAUCUCGUAACGGCAGCUUCUAUUGAGAUACCUGAGUACGAACAGAAACGGAGACAACUCCUCCCCUACCCUGACGCUUCCCCAGUCAAAACCCCGAUACUACAAUUCCUGCCCUGGGCUGCUAGCAGAGAACACUUUCUCAAACUGGGCGGGCUUGACGAGGGGAUGUUGGGGACCGCUGCUGAAGUUCCGGGCGAUGUUCUAGAACUUUCCAUCCGGUGGUGGACAUGUCACGGGGAGGUAGCGUAUCUGCCCUGCAGUAAGGUAGCCUUUGUAAGCUUGCUGGGGAAUCCACCUCUGUCCAGUCACCAGCAAGCUGAGAACCGGCUCUAUAACUCACGACGUACCGCAACCAGGUGGGGCUCCCAGUACAUUGAGUAUUACCACGAGGCUGUACCUAAAUCUAAAUACCAGUCCGCUUCCCACUCCACCAGACUAGAGCAAACGAUAUCCUCUCUCUCCUGCCGCUCCAUGCACUGGUUCAUCACAAAUAUUGCAGUAGAUUGGAAUUACGGAGACAAGCUAAUGAGACAAGGAACCAUUAAAUCAACCCAGGGGGACGCUUGUGUGGACACCAUGGGACACGAGGGACGGUUCAGUCCAGGAAGACCCGAGUUUUAUACCUGUCACGGGGGGCAUUCUCAACGGUGGCUCUACCUCAACCGUGGUAAACAACUUCAGACCGAGACUGGAAAGUGUCUGAUGAGUGACCAGUAUUGGCAUGAUGUGCUUACCUUGGAUUACUGCUCAGAGGGCCACGAGUGGAGGUGGGAGCCUGUUUCGCAGGGUUCAAAUGUUGGGUAUCUCAUAUACAAGGACCUGUGUUUGGAGUACAGACAUGGGAAUAAUUUGUUGUUUUAUGUGUUGUGUAAGCAGACUGUUAGUCAACAGUUUACCUUCCAGAUUAUUCCUCCGUGA